UUUUGUACAAUCAGAGCCAUUGAGAAUAAACAUGAAAGCUGUAAUGCUUGCCGUCGUUUCGUUCCUGGCUGUCUUCGCCCCGGCUUUGGCCACCCAAUGCUCCGUGGCGCCAGUGAACGUGCCCAAGGAAUGGAUCACCAUCCACGGUACUUGCCGAUCGGCCAUGCGUCGUCAGAUCCAAAUGGAAGUUCGCGCUUCGUUGCAGUAUCUUGCCAUGGGAGCCCACUUCUCUAGAGAUGGGGUGAACAGGCCAGGCUUCGCCAAACUGUUCUUCGACGCGGCCUCCGAGGAGCGUGAACACGCGCUCAAACUCAUUGACUACCUGCUCAUGCGAGGAGAGCUCACCCAUGAUGUAUCCUCUCUCAUCAAGAUCAGGCCCCCGGAGAGCAAGACCUGGGAGGCUGGCGUAGACGCCCUGGAACAGGCCCUGAUGAUGGAGAACGAGGUCACCAAGAGCAUCCGCACCGUCAUCUCAGCCUGCGAGGAUGACCCAGAAUUCAACGACUACCACCUGGUCGACUACCUGACCGGCGAGUUCCUGGAGGAAUACAAGGGCCAGCGCGACCUGGCCGGCAAGGCCACCACCCUCAAGAAAAUGAUGGACCGCCACUCUGCCCUCGGCGAAUUCAUGUUCGACAAGAAACUUAUCGGCAUGGACAUCUAAAUCUAAGCCUAAAUAGUG